AUGGCAUCACCGGAUGAUAAAGCAAGUGCAUUGAAAGUUAAAUCAGAUUUAGUUAGAAGAACAUUCAACUAUCCAGAUACAGAGAAUGUGAUUCAAGAUUAUUCUUGUUCACUAAAGAGAACACUAUUGGUACCAGGCAAACUCUAUAUCACUGCCAACUUUAUAUCGUUCAUUCCGAUGCUCGGUGAAUCAACCGAAUCAAUCUCAUUCAGAAAGAUCAUCGAUAUGAAGAAAGACAGUACUAUAUUCUUUAGCAAUGCAAUUACAUUCAAUACUUCUGCUCAAAAUGUUUCAUUUGGUUCAUUUAUGCAUAGAGACGAAACAUUCAAUCUUAUUCAUCAUCUUUGGAAGAAUCCUCCUUUAUUCUACGAUCCAAAUGCAGUGGAAGAUGAAGAUAUGAGACAGUUUAAACAACAGAUGAGUGGUAGUGGAAGUGGUGGUAAUGGUGGAAAUGGUGGAAAUGGUGGAAAUGGUGGUAAUGGUGGUAAUGGUGGAUUCAAUAGAGACAGUGGAAGUGGAAAGUAUGGUUCUGUUACUGUCGGUGGUAACGGUGGAAGCAGUAAUAGUCUAUUUGGAGAUCGUGGAUCCAAUGGUGGAAGUGGAAGUUAUGGUAAUGGUAAUGGUAGUGGUAGAUAUGGACAAGGUCAAGGACAAGAGCAACAACAACAGCAACGUCAGUUCACAAAGGUCGAUACAGAGAGCACAAAACAAGCUCUCAGAAUCGCACAUGAAACAAGAGAGACUGGUAUCGCAACAAUGAACGAACUACAAUAUCAGGCAGAGAUGAUCGAUCAAAUCGAAAACAACGUCGAAAACAUACACAACAAUCUCGACAAGGGUGAGAAACUACUCAAAGGUAUCGAGUCGUUCGGUGGUCAACUCGCCAACUCAUUUUCCAAAGACAAGUCACCGGAUCGUGAUCCACACAGACCAAUGGAUCGCUCCCUCAAAGUGAGACAAAGAGAAGAACCAACUACCGACAUUGAUAUUUUAGAGAAAUUACAAAACGAUAUGUUACAACCAGGAUAUAUUUCGUUCCAAGCCGAUAAAUUUGUUAUUUUAGAUGGUAAUAAGAAACCAACACCAACCGGAACCUACUCUUACGACCAAGUUGAGUUUAUGGUUGUUAGAGCCAGACAUUUCCAUUUGGAUUUCAGAUUUUUGAAUAAGUCCAGAUUCCGUUUGUGUUCGUCGUACAUUCAGAAUAUUGUAAAUGAGUUUGUGCUGCGAUCGAACGGUAAGAUUGGAAAGUCUGCCAAAGUCAUUUUCGAACCGGGCACCAAGGAGUUUGCCUAUGGCAAUCCAACCAUAAGAUUCACACCGACCGUUGGCAGACAAACACAAGGUCCAAUGUUUGGACGAACCUCGACACUCGGUGUAUCGAACGUCAUCAAGAACGCACCCGAGGAAAUCAAGAAAGACUUGAUGGAGCAAGACAAAGAUCUCGAUGAAAUCAGUGCACUGCUCGGUGACAUUCAUGGCAUUGCCAAGACGAUCGGUAACGAGGCAGACCGUCAAUCUAACCAACUUGAUCGUGUCACUGAUCGUGUCGACCAUGCAAACGAAAGAUUACACAAUAACAAUAAAAGAAUACAAAAGAUGUUUGGAUAUGCUAAUCCUAUCACUAGAUCAUGGCAAGGUGAUUCUACAAUCUUGAAAUCACAACUUAUUUAUCCAAUUUUCGUUACAGAUCAAGUUAAUACAAAGAAUGAAAUUAAAUCAUUACCUGGUAAUUAUCAAUUCUCAGUUGACUCUGUUCUAACUGAAUUCUUGGAACCACUCGUUAAAAAAGGUUUGAAGACAAUCAUUUUGUUUGGUGUUUUGUUGAACAAUGCAUCGAAAGACUUGACUGGUUCGUUGGCAACGGAUCGUGAUAAUUCACCGGUGAUCAAAGCACUGAGAUUGCUAAAGAAACAAAUCCCAGAGUUGGUUAUUGCCUGCGAUGUUUGUCUGUGUGCAUACACGUCGCACGGUCACUGCGGAAUCACUCACGACGACGGAUCGAUCAACAAUCAACCUUCGAUCGAACGACUCGCUCAACUCUCUGUCGAGUUUGCUAUGGCCGGUGCCGAUAUCAUUGCGCCGUCCGACAUGAUGGAUUGUCGAAUCGGUGAGAUCAAGAAGCAGUUGUUUGCCGCUGGCUACGGCUCAAAGGUGGCGGUGAUGGCAUACUCCUCCAAGUUUGCAUCGGCUUUCUACGGUCCGUUUAGAGACGCCGCUUCGUCUGGCGCGAAAUACGGUGAUCGUUCGGCGUACCAGUUGCCACCACCAUCGCGCUCAUUGGCUGUUCGCGCCGCUCAGCGUGACGCCGACGAGGGUGCCGACUUCCUCAUGGUGAAGCCAGCCGGUCCCUACAUGGACAUCAUCAGAGAAGUGAAGAAUGCAAUCAACUUGCCUAUGUGUUGCUACCAAGUGAGUGGUGAAUUCGCUAUGCUCUAUCACUCUGCACAGGCCGGUGCAUUCGACUUGAAAACUGGUGUAAUGGAGUCACUCCUCUGUCUCAAACGAGCAGGUUGCGAUAUCUUUAUCACUUAUUUCACCCCACAACUCUUGGAAUGGUUGCCAUUAUAA